CGCCUGAGUCUCAGGUGGUCCCACCCCAAUCCUUACUAAAAAACACAAUAUUUGUGUCAAUAGUUUUUAAUUUGUAAUAUUCGUGGUAAAUUAAAAAAAAAUAACAAUAUUUGUGUCAUUUACCCUCAAGGCGCAUCCAGGGCUCCAGGCAAUAAUCACAUAUUCAGAUUGUUUGUGCUGAAUAUGUGCAAGUAGAAUUAGUAAUCCCCCUCCCACCGAUUGUCAAUCUUCCUCUUCUCUUCUCUUCUCCCUCUGUGCUGCAGUCCAUCUUCCCCUCUCUCCCUUUCUCACCUCUGCACUCUGCAGAUCCCAAACUUGGCCUUCAUUGCACAUGGAUUCCAUAAAUAACAGCUGUUUUGACCCUUCGUCACCAACCACGACGGCGACCUUGAGCACCCGCCGGAGGCAGUUGCCAACCUACCCACAUGCUCGGCCUCCCCUCUUCUCACAAAUUCCUCCAUCUCCUUCAGUCACCACCGCCGACCCCAGUUCCUCCCUUCCCAUCUCACUCUGCCUCUUCCCUCCACUACGACCCGCUUUCCUACCUUAACCUACCGCCGCAGCCGCCUCUCUUCAGGGAUCUAUUCCUUUCCAGUACCUCCCCUCCCCUCCCACGGCGGAGUCGAUCUCCAUGGAGAAGGAAGCAGCGUGGGCGGCGGCGCCUCCUCUGCAGGUGGGAUUAACGCAGCAGACGGGAGCGUUUUGGAGUUCAAUUGGGACAUAGCGGCUUGUCUACCCAAAGGGAGGACAGCUGGAAGAAUGGCCAAGCCACUGACAACAGAGCGCCAGAGGAGCCAGCAAGUUAACGACAAGUUCGACACCCUCAGGAAUUUGAUUCCCAAUCCUACCAAAGACCGACAAAGCUUUAGUGGUGGGAGUCUGGGAGACGCAAUUGGCUACAUCAAGGAGCUUUUAAUUAAGCACAGUGGAGGAACUGAAGUUGCUGGUGGAGAAGAAGAGGUGCAGCAGAUGGAGGAUCAAGAGGCACAGGACGGAUCAAGAGGACGUGAAGGAGAGCUCGUUGGAGGAGAUGAAAGCUUCGUCCGGUUGAUGAACAGGACAAAUCCUACAAUGGGUCGACAUUGAGGAGCGCUUGGCUUCACUUCAGAGGAAGUCUAAGGACACGGAGAUUGAUGUGAGGAUCAUUGAAGAUGAGGUGACCAUUAAGUUGGUUCAGAGGAAGAAGAAGAUCAAUUGCUUGAUGUUUGUUUCCAGGGUGCUUGAUGAGCUUCAUUUGGAUCUUCACCAUGUCGCUAGAGGCCAUGUGGGUGAUUUUUACAGUUUUCUCUUCAAUACCAAGGUCUGCCUAGUCUUUUCUUUUCUUGUUGGUUUGGAGUUGAGUUUCUCCUAUUGUGUUUCCAUGUUGGUAACUGAGCCUAAUUAGUUGAACUUAUUCUUGUUCUUGUUUUGAAUUUGAGCAGAUAUGUGAAGGGUCUUAUGUGUAUGCAAGUGCCAUAGCCAACAAACUAAUUGAAGUUGUGGACAAACAGUAUGCAUCCACUCCAUCAAUAAGUUGCUACUGAUGAUCCAGAGAGGGGCCAUUUUUAAUUAGGGUUUAUGAGUUGGGGACUCAGAUUUCCACACAAGGGAGCUAGAGCAAAAAGGGGCUCAAAAGAAUCCAUGCACUGCAACAGUUUAAACUGCUGGAAAGAGAUUUGGUAGGCAUCAAUACCAUAGUUGGUAGUUGAAUGAACAAGUUUUUAUGUGUAAAGACACUACUAAUACCAGUGGGGGAAAUUAUAUUAAAUAGUUGAUGUUGAUGACUAAUUUCCCCUGUAGAUGGGGCCUCACAUAUGUUGCAUGAUCUUACUGUUAAUGUUGCAUGUUUCAACUGUAAGGGAUACUGUUAAUUGAUUAAUGAAUGGGGUUAUGGCUC